GUCGCUUGUUAUGACAUUUAUUACUAAAACAGCAGGUGUUUUGCUUUUGGUAUGAUGUAUGAAUUUAACCUUGUGUAGAAUCAGCUGGUCAGAACUAAUGCUAAAAAUGCGACAGAGGGAGAGAGAAUAAACAUCUUUAUUAUAUAAAUGAAUAAUGCGACAAAGCACGACAUAAUAUUUUGCUUUUAUAAUGCGAGGGUUCGAUUAUGCAGCAAAUCUACCCUACCUUAUUGUACAUAUAGCUAAACCCAUCUUUUUUCUUUAAUAGCAAUUAUACCUCGACUACAGCUGCUUUAAAAAUUGUGCGCAGCCUACACUCUGAAAUGCUUGAUGACAUUAAAAACUAUAUUUAUAAGUUAUCGCAAAAAAGAAUCCCCAGUUUUGUGUGUUUGCUGUGGUGGUGCGUGUGCAUGCAUGUACAUGCUCGUUAGUGUUUGUGCUUUAUGUAAGCUGAAAGGUGGUCUGGUUGAUUGACUGAAUGAUGCACCACAUAUUCCAGUAGUAAAGUUUACAGCAGAAUUAAAGCAGACAGAGGAUGCUGGACCUACAACUAGGAUUUACUGGAGAAAGACUGCUGUGGCCAAUUAGCAAAAUGGAAACAGUCUACCCAUGAUGCUUUCUGCUUACAAGGAGGAGGUUGUGAUCACAUCAGUGUCCCUUCUGUUUGUAUCAAGGAAGAGGAGCAUUAUCUUUGUCGAUUGAGGUUUGGGCUGACACACAUGCUUGUUAGGUUUCAUUUUUGUUCAGUCUUCAUUCCUGUACACAGCAGCAUUGCUUUAGCAAACUGUCAUAAGUUGCAAGUCCGGCAUCCUUUGUGUCUGCCUCAUUUCUACCGUAAACUAUUUUAGCCUUCAGAAAACAUAGGGCAUUACUUGACGUUUGCAUAUUGCGGAAGUGAGGCAUCUCUUGCGACAGUAAAGGCCACGCGAGUAAAAGCAUUAUUUUUAACAAUGGCUCAUAAUCUAGUACAGUUCCUGAAUGUUACUGUUUGCUUUUGGUCCAGCAAAGCAUUUUUCCAUUAACAAGUUUGAUGUCUCUGAAAGGUCCCGUUUACACUUUCCUCUUAUCACUUGUCGAUGCCUCCACUUCAAAGAGCAGGAGUGACGUACCCCUUCUCCCAUUUCUCUGUGGGGGAAGAAAAAGAAUACUGGCUGCACUACUUUGGUAGGCUAUGUGGCAGCUGCAGAGUUCAUGCAGGUGGCGCAGCUUGUUAGCCGCAGGACCUCCAGACGGGCAUUUGCAGAGACGGUGCUGAGUAGUGUGCGGUCAGCAUCCUUCCUCAGCUAUAAUGUGAUGCUCUUCAUGUUCGUCAUUUGUGCGCUGAGGUGGGGCUUUGGCCGCCUUUAUCUGCAGAAUUCCACCUUCGUGGCCGGGCUUGCCUCGGGCUUUCUUUCCAUUUUCGUCGAGCAUCCGAGCAGGCGUCGCGUUCUGUCUGUGUACAUGCUCAACCAGUGCUCGGAGAUUGUGUUCAACAGCCUGCGCAGCCGGAACAUUGUACAUGAUGUUCCUCAUGGAGAGGUGUUCAUGUUUGCUGUGAGUUUGGCAGGCUUCCUGUAUUGCAUUCGGAACAACAACAAGCUGAAGGACCCUGUGUGCAAAGCUUUAAGACUCCUCAUGGGUGCAGAGGAAUUUGUGGCCCCCACAGCCACGACUGACACGGGACAGCCAUGUUGGCACUUGAGAAGCUGCUGGCGACAUGCUGCUGAGGGCAUGUCUGCACCAUUUCUGAUAGGCUAUGGGCUGCAAGCUCUACUGUCACUAGCAUCACCUCACCUGCGGCGCAGACCUUGGCGGAUACUUGGCCGGUGGGCGCCCUUUGCACAGGGGGCAUUUCUCGCCAGCACAGUUGGGCUGUUCCGGAGCUGCCGCUGCCUCCUGCGCCACUACUGUGGCUACGAGACCCCCUGGCAGGUGUUUGCCAGUGGCCUUGUGGCUGGGCUCAGCAUGGCUGCCAGCCCCAAUACAACCCUUGCACUCUACCUCACCUGGAAGCUGAUCGAGGUGCUGUACUGCCAAGCAGCAAGGAAAGGCUAUGCACCCACAUUAGCAUGGGGUUCUGAACUAUUGUUUGCCCUCGGAUGUGGCGUCAUGAUGUUCUGUGCCGUGGUGGAGCCUCACAACAUGCGUCCAUCGUAUGCAAAAUUUCUCAAUGACAUGACAGGUGAUCGGUUGCGUCGGGUCAAUCGCCAUCCUCUGGAAGUGCUUGGCUUCCACUGCUCCUCUGUGUACCCAGAAUACUUUCCACAGCUCGACCAGCGAUAUGUGUCUCGGCAUUUUGUGGAGCGUGUGCUUGUUUGGAGCUGACCCAAGGCCACUGCAAUAGACAUGCGCCCGCCUUUACUUUUACGACUGUUUCACUUUGACGUGGACGCGGUACCAGGCGUUGUUGAGGACACCUCGCAGGUUCCAGACACCGGCAACACCUUCGGGUUGCGAAUUGUAUGAUGAGUCGACGGCUUUGCACACAAUCUCCAGCUUGUCUGCACCCUUGGGCACUGGAAGAUCGAGCUGUAAAGCAGAAACAUUCCACAUAGCCGUCAAGUAUUUGUAUGCAGUGGCCAGCCACACACAUUUCUACAUAAAACAAUGAGUAAUAUUCAGCCUAGUCAAGGUGUCAGCCUGCUUAGCAAGGCUAAUCAAAAGAGGCCUUGUAUCUUAAUUUGCAGUUUGCAAGGACCAGUGACUAUGCUGCAAAUAGGUGUAACAGAAUAACAGCAAACAAAUAAAGCAAAGAUUAUAUAGAGUGCAAUUAAACUUGUACUUAGUAGCUAUGCUGGUAACAUAAUAUAGAUAAAUUCAAUGCACUUCAAGAACACAGUUUGCUAGACAAGUGCAACAUGUCGGAUGACUGCUGAAACUUAACAGCGAAGUCUGAGUCGCACAUUUCACAAAUGCUAAACGAUGGAGACUCUCUUUUCAUUUUACUGCAACUGUUGGCAGUUGAUACCAUGUAAUUAUGUCUGUUGCUGGUGUCGCUGUGUCAUAAUCCCUGACCACAAAUACAUGUAGCCAUGGCAAACUUUUCUACAAGAAGUCGUACUGUCACAGCACAAUGUGUCAUGUCAGUCCUAUCAGACUGGCUUGUAGUUUCUGUACUCCAGC